CGGAAAACACGCCCACAAUUGCUAACUGUACGCGCAGAGAAAAGCCAUUGGACAAUUAGGGCUGUCAAUAGCGCAUAGCUGCCAUUCUUUCCGUUCUGUUCUGAGCUGGGCGAAGAGUUUGCAGAUGUGUUUCAGCAUGGGCAGUUGAAACAGCAGGACACUGCUCAAUAGUGUAACUUUUACAGAAUACUAAAUUAUUAAUUUCUGAUAUACAUAUGGGAAAUUGAUAACUAAUAUUGUUGUACGGAAUCUAAGACUGUGCCGAUUUUAGAAUUGAAUUCAUUUGUUUUGUCUUUCACGACAAGGAAAAUGCCAGUAGCAACUCUAUUGCCUUUUACAGCUACCCCGAGUAGGAAGUCUGCCAGCCCGACCUCCUUUAGAUUGACAGAGAAAUUCAUUUUGCUAUUAGUUUUUAGCGCUUUUAUUACGCUUUGUUUCGGGGCAAUUUUUUUCCUGCCGGAUUCAUCGAAGCUACUGAGCGGAGUUUUCUUCCACUCGUCUGCGGUAGAAACCAACACGCGAACAGGUACGGAUAGUGAUUCAAACGUUGCAGUUGGGACCGAAGAAAAGAUAUUAACCAAGAUUAGAAAGGACCACGAAAAGGCUUUGGUUGAAGCAAAAGACACUCUCCAGAAACGACCAGACGAGAUAAAGCAAGAUAUACAAGACGAGAAGGACAAAGUUUUGAAGGAAGGUAAAGGUGGGAAAGAUGACAAUAACCUGCCAGUCAUUGAAUAUGUCCGGCCACCCGGAGCAACAGGGCACGAGCCCUCCGAUCCGGAAACCAAAGAGAGACGAGCAAAAAUUAAAGAGAUGAUGACAUUUGCCUGGGACAGUUACAAGCGCUACGCCUGGGGAUCUAAUGAGCUGAGGCCUGUUUCCAAGCAAGGCCACUCCAGCAAUCUGUUUGGGAGCAUAAAAGGAGCCACCAUCGUGGAUGCUCUGGAUACCCUGUACAUCAUGGAGAUGUUUGAGGACUUUGACAUGGCCACAGAGUGGGUGGAGAAGAACCUGGACUUCAACGUAAAUGCUGAGGUCUCUGUCUUUGAAGUGAACAUCCGGUUUGUCGGAGGCCUGCUCUCUGCCUAUUACCUUUCUGGCAAAGAGGUGUUCAGGAGGAAGGCCAUAGAACUGGGAGAGAAGCUGUUGCCUGCAUUCAAAACCCCCACAGGCAUCCCCUGGGCCCUCCUAAACCUGAAGAGUGGCAUCGGGAGGAACUGGCCUUGGGCAUCUGGAGGCAGCAGCAUCCUGGCGGAGUACGGCACCCUGCACCUGGAGUUCAUGCACCUCUCCAAGCUGUCAGGGAACCCAGCCUUUGCAGAGAAGGUCAUGAACAUCCGGAAGGUUCUGAAUCGCCUUGAUAAGCCCCAGGGACUGUACCCCAACUACCUGAACCCUAACAGCGGACAGUGGGGACAACAUCAUGUGUCAGUGGGCGGCCUGGGAGACAGCUUCUAUGAGUACCUCCUCAAGGCCUGGCUGAUGUCGGACAAGACAGACGAGGAGGGCAAGAAGCUCUACUACGAAGCUCUGCAGGCCAUUGAGACCAGUCUGAUGAGGAAGUCCAGCGGUGGACUGACGUACAUCGCUGAGUGGAAGGGCGGCCUGCUGGAGCACAAGAUGGGUCACCUGACGUGCUUCGCCGGGGGCAUGAUCGCCCUGGGGGCGGACGGAGCGCCCGAGGAUAAGACGGGUCACCAGAUGGAGCAGGCCUCAGAGAUUGCCCGCACCUGCCACGAGUCCUACGCCCGCACCACCCUGAAGCUGGGCCCAGAGGCGUUCAGGUUUGACGGAGGCGUGGAGGCCAUCGCCACGCGGCAGAACGAGAAGUACUUCAUCCUGAGGCCAGAGGUCAUAGAGACCUACAUGUACAUGUGGAGGUUCACCCACGACCCUAAGUACAGGGAGUGGGGCUGGGAGGCCGUGCAGGCUCUGGAGAAGCACUGUCGUGUGGAGGGGGGCUACAGUGGAGUGCGGGACGUCUACGCCUCCAGCCCCAACCAUGAUGACGUCCAGCAGAGCUUCUACCUGGCCGAGACACUCAAAUACCUGUACCUGCUCUUCUCUGAUGAUGACCAUCUUCCCUUGGAGCACUGGGUGUUCAACACUGAGGCCCACCCCCUCCCUGUCAUUAGGAAGGAGAUGACAGACAAGCCCAGCCAGCUGGAGUAGAGUGGUCCUCCUGGAUCCCCCCCUGACCCCUCCCACCACCAAACUCCUCUACCCCCUCCCCUUCUGAGCAGUGGGCGGAGCUGUCUCUUACUCCUCCCCCACCAUGGGUGGAGCUCACUCAGGCAGGCCGCUUCCCUGGCAGACUGGACUCUCCUGUUUUGGAGUCCCUGACCAGACCAGAUGGAACCGGACCGGCUGCCUGCCUCUCCAGAGCCAGACUGCCCCCUACUGGGGACUGGGAGGAACCACCUCAUCCAAGAGUUCUCCUCUUGUCAUCUUGUAAAGAUAGUCUGCAUGCUCCCCCCUCCCAGUGCUGUAAAUCUACCCUCCUCUGUGAGGAGAACAGGACACUGCGCUGUAAGAUUUGCUGUCACUCCAAAAAAAGCCAUACUGAUUUGAAGAAAGCUUUGUCAUUUAUUUUCUUUCGUUCUUUCCACCAUUUGAGGUAUGUGUUUGUGGGUGUGACUGACAAUAGAUCAAUGUCAAUCAACAUAUCACAUUUGUGUCGUUCAUAUCGUAAGUAUGAUUUUAGUCACACUUUAACAAUGGACCAUUUAGGUGGAUUUCUGUUUAAGACCCAGAGCUUGGUUCUCACCUGCUUGAUAGUCAAAUCUUAACUAGUGCCUUUCAGUCUAAAUGGUCUAUCAAAUAAGCAGUUCAGGCAAAUGGCAAGGUUUUUAAUUGAAACCGGUAGGUAGGUACCAUCAUUGUUCAGAUGGCAUGGUUGAUUGAGUGCUUUGUCACCUCCUCUACCACACUGCCAUCUGGUGUUGAACACCAGUAAUACACCUGUCCAGUCAGAUGAGUGUAGCAGGUCAACAUAGAGUAUUAAAGGAGAUGAAGUACCUUGAUGGGAAAAGACCUGCACUGAGAACAACCUCUGUUUUUAAAGAAGUAGAAAUGUUGACUAUCUAUCUGUUCCCUUCCUCCUGAAGUAUGGAACGUGUGGACAGUAGAGUUAAUUCCUUCUACCAACAUGUCAUCAAUUCAUUCAGCCUUGUCCCCCACCCCCAUCAUCAUGUUCCUUUGUUUUUUAAUUGACAAAGUUGACAUGUGCUUUGUUUUGUUUGUUUGUUCCUUUAUUACAGGUGGUAGAGACAUUAAUCCAUGUGAUGUAAAAUAGUUGCUUUGCUGUUAAUUUAUUCCAUAGUACAUAGGAAGGAAGGUUUGGCAUCAGGCACCUUGGUUGCACUGUGGAGAGAAUGGGCCCUGUGUUGUUGUUUAGGUGGAUUAUUCGGGAGACGGGAGGGAGACAAGGGCAGAAUCAGACCAAGAAUUUGGGAGUCAAUCAUAUGUAACGAAUGCAUCGUAUGAAUGUACCAUCAAAUGUGAACUGAAGAUUAUUUUACCUUUUUGUUGUUCUAAAUUUGUUUGUUGAGAUGUAUUUUUUGUUCCUUUCUUCUGGACAGCACAAAAUGCUGAAACAAUGUGUCGUGGUACCCAGAGCAAUCUAUUUAAAGAGGUGGGACAUUGAGGUCCCUGCAUUAUGAGGCAUUUACAUGACACCCCAACAUUCUAUGGCAGCCAUGUUAGUUCCCCAUUUAUGUUGCAUAGGGAAUAUUUAAAUAAUGAUAUGUAACAGAAUGUCUAGGACAAGAGAUAUUCCAAAUUCGUAGUUUGCCCAACUCUCUAAAAUAUAUGGCUCUGGUGGUACCAAUCAGAGGAAGCUGUUAGUCAGUUCAGAAGAAGAGGAAGCACAAAGAGGAGUUGUUUAGUUGUGUUGAAAUGCAAUGAGAAGAUGCAAGGAAGGUUGUAUGUCCACUACACUGAUGGCAUACACUCACAUAUGAACAUACAUGCUGAAUACUGUAUGAAGACCAGAUGAUAAAUACAUCGAAGUGGUCACACUGUACAUGCAUAUCGUAUUCAGAACUACACACUACACACUCACACGCUCCAACACACUUAUGAACAUGGAAGCUUAUGGACACUCAGAAAUAGAUUUUCAGGUGACCACAGGACCCAUCAAACCACUCUGUUGUCUCAUCAUAAAGGCAAAGUUAAAGGGGAGCGGAUUUGUAUCAAUCAAACUAGGUCUCGUGGUCCUGUUCUUCUGUAGUGUCAAUCUUUCACAGUCAGGGGCCACUGAUGUCCACAUACAGUACAUCUUAUUGGGAAAUAAACGGGGUAGGAUCAAGAGGUCUUGAAGAAGGGCCUUCGUCAUGGUUGAAGUCAUUUUCUUACAUUAGAGGAUAGACCAGACAAGAGGUUUGAGAAGCUGAUAUCAGCCCACUACUGGAGCCAAACUCUGCUUUCUACAGCAUUCUUUAAGACAUAAUAAUAAUACCUGUUUACCUUACUGGAGGAAGCAAUGUUAAUGAGAGAAACUGUGAUAUCCAUGUAGGCUGACAUCCCUACUACCUAGUUCAGUUCGGUAGCCAUUCCGGCUCCAGGGAAGAGCGUCACUAUACACUGUGAUACACUGUAGAUAUGAAAUUGCUGCAUUCACCAUCUCUGCACUGUCGGAGAGCCUAAGUGGUUCUCCUGACUGUUGCAGCUUUAGGGAGCAGCAGAGAUUACUCGUAGUGAUACUGAGAAACUUCAAGUCGCUGUAAAAUGCUAACACAUGACAUAUGAACCAUUUCCUUUCAUCUUUGUUUCAGAUAUGCAGACUAGAAGACGUGCUGUUUAUUUCAAAUUGACUUUGUGGUUGAAUAUUGUGUUGAUGAUCUCUCACAUUACAAUGCCUUUUAUUUGUGAAUCUCUUGUUAAUGGUUUUGUGAAACAACCUCAAAUGUAAAUGGUACAAUAAUGCUGAUAAUCAUUCCAUUGCACAUAGUUUAUUUUGGUUUACAUUUAAUAGUUUAUAUGCAAGUUUAAUUUUGUGAGGAAUUGUUCUGUUCUGUUUUUUUGUGUGUGGUUUGUUAUUGAAAUGUAAAUAUUCCAUUCUGGCAAAUAUGCCAUUAUACAUUUAUAUAAAUCUUAUGAGCUUAAAUGAUAUUAAAUGAGCAGCAAAAUGUUUCAUAAACUAUAUUUGUUACACUUCUAUUGUGAAUAAAACAAUCUUUAAUAUCAA